GUUAAUGUUAAGCCCUGUUACUGAUGUCUCUUGCCAAACUGCUCUGUUUUGUCAGUGCACAUUUGCCUAAUGCUGACACUUAUAUUCUCCAAGGAGUACCUACAGAUGCCUAGAGAGAGUAUUCGCAGUGUAGUUCUGUCGGCAGAAAAAGAUGCUGUGAAAAGAUUCCUUUCCCAUGUUCAUCAGAGUUGGAAUCAACUUCAAGUGGAAACUAUACAGGUCUCUCCAAAAGAACAAGAGGCCAUGGAAACCAUGACAGCUGCUUUCAUUCACAAGUUUCCACGUGUCACACCAGAGCUUUUCAUCGACCUCUCCCAAUUUAUACCAUACAUGUCUGUCUCUGACAUUAUGACCUUCCCUGCCUCUCUCAUGGUCAAUGAGAGUGUACUUAUGGCUAUUAGAGAUCACAGCUCUGAGAUGAAGUCUCCACAAAAACAAGCCUUCGUAAAACGCCUGUUGCAGUCCAGUGAAGCUGGAGAUGUCCCUUCAUGGCCUCCAUUAUUCCUUAGCUCCAUUCUGCCCUUACUUCCACAUCUCCCAGUCAGUCACUUUCAGCUGCUCACAUCUCAACAACUCACGCCCUUAAUCGAGAUGUUGGGGAACAGCAGUCUGGAUGCCACAAGGGGGCACCAUGUACUUCGUACUGUUUUCGGCAGGGGGAAGAACCUGACGAGUGACAACAUAACAAGGUUAGGAGUUCUUAUAUGUUACCUGAACUCUGAGGACUUACAGCAGCUAUUGUCUUCAUCAAAUCUUUCACCCGUCCUGUGGCAGCAGCUGGCUCGAUGUGUAUCAGAGGGACACGUCAGUGGAAGUGGCAGACUGUCGCAUUGGCUUGGAACGGCCCUGAAAUCUUUAAAUGCCAGUAUCUUAUCAGCUUCAGCAAUGGCCUCAUUACAUGGUAUGCUUCCAGAAAUGGGUGCUACAUUUUUGGACCCAUUGUCCUCAAACGAGUUGUUGGAUCUGGUAACUCUGCCGGGCAUGCCAACUUUCCCACCUGCACAGGCAUUCCAGAUACUAAACAAAAUAGCAGAAGAAACAAAUUUCAGUGCCAACACGCUCUGCAGAUUGAAGCCAUUGUUCCCGGGUUUGGGGCCUUCUUUCUUGAGAAAGUUGGUUGUACCCGAGUCUGCACUUGAUUGUCGGUGUUGGAGUUUACUGCUAUCUGACCUGCAACCUGCUCAUCGAGCAAUGGUCCAUUCUGCCCUCCAACAGGCUCUGGAACGCACAUCUGCAAAUAUAACACAGCAACUGCAAUGUCUUCUUCCAUUCAUCUCCUUGAGGAAAUUAAUGUCAGAUCUAAAUGGAGAGACAGUUCUUCAACACCUAUCUCUGUAUAAGCAUAUGCCCUGGUCUCAUCAACAGGCUCAGAUGCUGUUCAGAAUGAUUCAGCGGACCGUAAACAUCACAAGACAGUCACUACUAGAUUUAGGUCGUAUUGCAGGUGGCAUGAGCUGCGAAUGGCUGAAGCUAUGGGUAAAUGAGUCAGGCUUCUCUGAAUUGUUGCAGUUCAUCACUAAGUUGCCAGGAGGACUUAGACCUGGUUUGAGGAAAUGCAUUGUGGUGGAGCUACGGAAACGGCCUGAUAUUGAUCUAAAUACCUUGGACUCCUCAUUUGCUGCAAGAUUACCGUUGACCAUGAUGGAGCACCUGUCUAACUCUUCACUCAUAAGUGUACUGGACAAUGUUCGACAACACUUUAUUGAUUUUCUGCAGCUACCACGACACAAGCAGACGGCCUUGGCAGAAAAAGCUAUCAAUGUACACGGCAUCUCUGAAGAUGGCCUCACUGGGGCCUUCAUGGACAUGCUCGGCCCUCUUCUGCCCUUCCUGGACAGGGAUGUGUUGGCUCGCAUAGACCGAGAGGCUCUGAAACUACGACUGGAGGAGCUAAAACAAUAUUGCUUGCCCUCUGACACAUUCAGACAAAUAUCAGCUUUACUUACAGAGAAGAGCAUGCUGGGAGAACCAAAAACAUGGACAGUUGGAGAUGUUGAGCAUGUGGGAAGACUUCUGUUCACACUUUCACCUCAGCAGAUAAAAUCCCUACCUCUGGGUGAUUUAGGUAGAGACACAGUUGAAGAGGUUCUGAUGAGCCAGUGGCGUUGGAAAAACAGUGAAGUGGGAAAGGCUUGUUCGGACCUUAACGGACUACGAGAAAAGAUGAACGGUCUCAUCCAUAGGAUCAUUAAAGGUCGAUGGUGGAUGAGAAGGGGGCCCAUCCCAAGCUGUGCAGACAUUAAAGGGACAUUUCCCUCAGCUUGGAGGUCCUAUCAGCUGAAUCGAAUGAAGAGGAAGGAGCUGAAGACAUGUGUUGAGUUCAUUGGUCAGGAUGACACACUUGACGCAGAGCAACGUGAAGCACUUUGGAUGGAACUCAGACCAGUGUAUAAACCAGUGAAGCAGCUUAAACCAGAGCAGGUGUUGGAACUGGGCUGCAUAGUGACCGAGAUGGGGGAAAGAGAGCUACAGGCGGUCAAUUUGUCCAGUCUGGCUGUCGUGGCCCAUCUUGGGAACCUCAAUGGAUGGAAUGCAAAGAAAAUGAGAGCAGUUGUCCUUGGCAUAAUGAAGCGACUGAAACAAAAGCCUGAAGAACUUGAUGUAGUGGAGCUCGUUUCCCUUGGACAUCUGCUUUGCGGCUUCAGUUCCUCUGAAAUAUCCCGUCUAGACCCGUUCAACCUAAGCGUGGCCGCUUUGUUUCUGGGGGAGAUGGUACUGCCGUGUUCAGAGCAGCAGACCGAGGCGCUGACGUCACGGCUAUCCAGUCCUCUGGGCUUUGGUCCAGUCAGCAGCUGGGGCUCUGAGGUCUUCACUGAGAUUGGGACUUUGGCAGCUGGGCUGGAAGAUAUGGUAUUGUCUGCACUUAUAAAAGAGCAAGUGGAAGGACUGACGCCAACAGCAAUAACCUUGAUACCUCCAAGAAAAAUGGCUGUGGUAUUCAGUGCUACGCAGCUGUCUUGGCUGAGCUCUGAACAAGCGUGUGCCGUGACAGAGGAGCAGUGGGCGGAAUUAGACAGUGAACAAAGACAAGCACUUGGCAUGGCCCAGUAUGAAGGCGAACUCAUGCUUGAGCACAGAGGCAGGAACCAGGCUCCAUCAUUACGGUUUGCCAGCAGUUUUACAAAAUGUUUAUUACUUUUUGUCUGUACAUUGUGGAUUCUAUUAUAAAGAUUAUAACUUAAGGCUA